AUGUUACGUCAUCCGAUAUUAGAUAUGUUUGGAGUGAAGGGCGUGUUGGCAGACAGAGCCGCGUGUGUUUAUAUGUGUGUAUGUUUUCUUGCAGCAGGUGUUGGUGCCGCAGUCGUCGGGCGCCCACCACCCCCACCCGGCCUAGUGCGACCCUCGCAGCCCACGGAACACUGUCUCGCCAUCUCUGCCAUUAUUUGUGGAGUACUGAAUGUUAUCAACACAACAACUACACCUAAAACUAAACCUAAACCCCAUCGGUGCGGACGACGCUCUAAUAUCAGUACUCGAUGA